AUGAACGACAACAAUGGAGGUAUUCCAAACUAUCUUCUGGUUCUUGACGGAAAGAAUUGGAUUCGGUGGAAUAAACAAAUACAAUCAUUGUUUGACUUCCGUGAAACCCUUAAAGUGGUUACUAAUGGCGUUCAUGUGCUUGCUGCAAAUGCAACUGAUGCUCAGAGAGUCAGCCACAAGGAUACCAAGAAGAAAGAUUGCAAGGCAUUGUUCUGCAUUCAAUCGACGAUAGACUCGGAGAAUUUCGAUCGGAUUUCUCAUGAUGAAUCAACAAAGGAGGCAUGGGAUGUUUUGGUUAAGUACUACGAAUGCGGUGAGAAGGUUAAAGGCAUUAAGCUGCAGGUGCUUCGACGACAAUACAAAGUACUGCAGAUGGGAAUAGACGAAAAGAUUGCAGGUUAUGUUACUAAGGUGCAGAAUCUUGUGUAUCUCAUGAAAGGUUAUGGUGAAACUAUAACUGAUAAGGUGAUAGUUGAGAAGGUAAUGUCUACGUUAACCUCUCACUUUGAUCACAUUAUCGUUGUUGUUCAAGAAUCUAGCAAUCUUGAAACACUGAAGUUGGAAAAUUUUAUUGGUUCAUUGGAGGCACAUGAGUUGAGAAUUGUUGAAAGAAAGGGCGUUCAAUAUUCAAUACAUGCAUUACAUUCUCAAACAUGGAAGAAGCAUGGUGGUUCUAACAAGUUCAGAGGCAAGAUUCAGAGUAAGAAGUUUUGGUUGAAUCCUCAUAAGCAUACGGUCGAUUCUGAAUCCUCGAAAAGAGGAGAAGGAACUUCGACUAAAAAAUAA